AUGAGCACCUAUCUGGAAGAAGAGAAGCGUAUCGCCAUAGAGGCUGUCCGUAUGGCCUGCACCAUUACAACGAAAGUGUUCAAGACGCUUACGUCGGCUGAGUCUGUGACAAAGAAGGACAAGUCGCCUGUGACCAUUGGAGAUUUUAGUGCACAAGCAGCGAUCAACUAUGUGUUGCAGAAAUACUUCCCUGACGAUGGCAUUGUAGGCGAAGAAGAUUCGGGCGACCUGCAAGGCGACGAAGGUCAGCCGAUUCGGGAGAAAGUAUCGAGCCUGGUGAAUGAUGCACUCAGCGUGUUCAACUAUAGCAGCUCUCCGUUGUCCGACAAGGAGCUGCUGGAUGUGAUCGAUCGCGGUACUUAUGAAGGCGGAAAAGAAGGCCGUUUCUGGACGUUGGACCCGAUUGAUGGUACCAAGGGAUUCCUGCGUGGGGGCCAGUACGCUGUAUGCCUGGCGUUGCUACGCGAGGGACGUGUAGAACUUGGUGUGAUGGGAUGCCCGAACUUGCCUGUCGACAAGCACCAGCCCAAGCCGAAGGACGGCGAGAUUCGGACCUCAUCGAUGGAGGGACUAGGUGUGCUGUUUGUCACUGUGCGUGGGCAUGGAGCAUUCUCUGCGCCGCUGGACGACCCCAGUGCGCCGCUGACGCCUGUGCAGAUGCGGGACCUGCAAGGUACGUUUGCCGGUGCCUCGUUUUGUGAGUCGGUGGAGGCAGGCCACUCGUCGCUGGGCACCAAUGCACGGAUUGCGCAGCUGCUGGGCAUGGGUGACAACCAUGUGCGUAUGGACAGUCAGGCAAAGUACGGUAGCAUUGCUCGCGGCGAUGGCGAUGUGUACUUGCGCCUACCUGUGGGUGAUGGGUCGUACCAGGAGAAGAUUUGGGACCAUGCGUCAGGUACGCUGUUGGUCGAAGAGGCAGGCGGCAAGGUAUCAGAUAUUGCAGGUCGUCCCCUUGACUUUAGCCGGGGACGUACUUUGGCCGGCAAUAAAGGUGUGAUUGCGUGCCAAGCUGCGAUGCAUCCGAAGUUGGUCGAGGCGGUGGCCACCGCUCUCCAGGAGGAGGGCCGUGCGGCGCUCUUAGCGUCCUCCACACUGCAUCGUCGUGCUCCUGCUUUCUCCGACCGACCUCGAAAGACCAUGGCCCAUCUGAAGUAUGCCCACUUGCUUCCCCCGUCGUGGGAGGCGACCAUUGUUGAAUGGCUGAAAGAAGACUGUCCGUCGUUUGACUGGGGCGGUUAUGUAGUAGGCGAUACAGAGCGCACGGCGACGUUGCUGUGCAAGCAGGAGGGUGUGCUAGCCGGAGUGCCGUUUGUGAAUGCCGUGUUCCAGCAACUGGAAUGCAGCAUUUCAUGGAACUUUGAGGAGGGUGCCUACUUAUCUGCGAAGGACAAUCUCCCCGGUACGCCCGAGGGCAAAGUGAAGGUGGCGGUAGCCCAUGUCUCGGGCCCUGUGCGUCGUAUUCUGCUGGGCGAGCGUGUGGCACUGAACACCCUUGCGCGAUGUGCGGGCAUUGCUACAGCAUCCCACCAAUUGCUCCAAGCCGCGCGAAACGCUGGAUUCCGUGGCAUUGUGGCAGGCACACGCAAGACUACGCCGGGUUUCCGUCUCGUGGAGAAGUAUGGUAUGAUUGUCGGCGGGGUGGAUGCGCACCGCUACGAUCUCAGCAGCAUGGUCAUGCUGAAAGACAAUCACGUAUGGAGCACGGGCUCGAUUACCGCGGCCGUGGACGCGGCGCGCCGUGUCGGUGGCUUCUCGCUGCGGAUCGACGUGGAAGUGCGUACGCUCGCGGAGGCGCAGGAAGCCAUUCGUGCUGGCGCCGAUGUUAUUAUGCUUGACAACAUGGUAGGCGACGAGUUGGUCUCGUGUGCACGUCAGCUCAAGGCGGACCUCGGCCGUACCCCCGGCGGCGAGGGCUACCAUUUCCUGCUGGAGAGCAGUGGUGGCAUUACGCUGGAGAACAUCCAGACGGACCAGCGCAUUGACGACGCGAUCGAUAUCAUUUCGACCAGUGCGAUUCAUCAGUCGACCAAGCACAUCGACUUUAGUUUGAAAAUUGAUCAUUAA